AUGGCACACGGCACUUCAGCACCUUCCACGUUUGUUGCACUGCUCUUCACAGUGCUUUUGGCAACACAACAAGCCGAUGCAAGUCGAUUUCUUCCCAGCGCCGUCAACCGACUGCCAAGCAGCUUAGACUCAGCUGUCGCGGCGGCAGGCGCAGCAGCCAGUAGCAGCAGCCUCGCAGCAACCCUCGGUUCAACGCUCUCCGACCUCCAGACGUCCCUGAACGACCAGAUUGCAUCUCUAGACGAGCUUCUAGGAAAACCGCUCGAGAAAUUCUUGGCAACAGUUAGCAGCUCCGCGCCAGCUGCAAGCGCCGCGCUAAAAGCCAACCUCGGUGCUUUGAAUGCGAGCCUCGUCAGUUUGAACGCGUUGAACAUCUCAGGGACCAAUCUGACCGUUACUAAGGAUCUGGUUUCUCAGAUCUCAGGCGUUCAAUCCAACAUCUCCUCGAUUAGCACCAGCAUAGCUGCUCUGAACAAGGAACUAGCUGGGAUUAUCGGCUCAGGCAUAGGCUCGGGAGUAGGCUCGGCGCGAGCGUCGAUUGCAUCCGGUGCUGCUUCCUUGAGGCAGAGCACUGCGAUCCGAGCGGCGCUGAGGCAGCGGCUGGCGGCAGUGACGCAGAAAGUAGCGGGUCUCAACGCGAACGCGUCUGCGCUCGCUGGGAUGGUGAACGGCCUGAGCGGUGCUCUGAACAGCGCUGUGAGCGCCAGUUUGAACGCGGCUGGCGACAGCAGCGUGGUGUCUGGCCUCACGAAUCUUCUGCCCCAGCAGGCUGGCAUGCUGCGUAGCGUGCUGACUUCAUGCAACGGCCUGCAGUCUCUCCAGGCCGGUGCUGGCGAUCUUCAGAUCCUCAAGAUUGGCUCGGACUACCUGGUCACAUACUACCUCUACGCAGCUGGAGUCACCAAGGCUCCAGAAUCUCAGGCCAUCUUCAAGGGCAGCCCCUGCAGCAAUGCUGCUUCAGCAGUCCUCACCCUCCCUGGCACAUGGCAGCCCAUGAGCCCUGUGUCUUGGUCGCUGGCCAAUGUCGUGAAGGUGUCGGCUGCUGACGUGGCGGAUGUGCUCGCAUCACUCCAAGUGAGAAGAGAGAGAGAGAGAGAGAGAGAGAGAGAGAGAGGAGAGAGAGAGAGAGAGAGAGAGAGAGAGAGAGAGAGAGAGAGAGAGAGAGAGAGAGAGGAGCUGUAUGGAAAUGAGAAGCAGCAGCAGCAGCAGAAGCAGCAGCAGCAGCAGCAGCAGCAGCAGCAGCAGCAGCAGCAGCAGCAGAAGCAGCAACAGCAGCAGCAGCAGCAGCAGCAGCAGUGCGCCGCACAUAAGCCUCAUGAAGAGCACCAGGCAAAGAAGCACUACCAGAUGGCAGAACUACCUGCAGUCAAGGGGCGUGUUAAUAAAGAAGUUGUGAGAGAGGGAGAGUGCUUGGAGGUAGGGGACAUGGGCGAGAAGGGUGAUGGCUGA